AUGUUUUUCGAUACGAGUCAUGCGAUUUGGAUCUUUGUUUUGCAUCUGGUCGUUAUUCGAUGUCAACUUCCCAAACUUCAGCCCGGCGAUUUAGCUCCAUCGUUUGCGUUACAAACACUCAAUGGGAGAAUAGUUUACAGGAAAGGCAAUUCGACUUCUAGAACGCCAACACAUCCCGUUAUAUUUCAUUUAUUUACGAGACGUUCGGCAUUUUUAGAAGCCUUGUGGAACAAUGACACAUCGCUGGAGGAGUUCCUUGAGCUGUCCCCUGGCAAUACUCAUUAUGUUUUCAUGUCAAGCGCAGACUCUAGGUCCAUGUACGAUAUUUUAUGGAUGAGAACUCGGCUUCAUAGAGCCAUCGAGAAAUAUUAUAUAAGGUAAGUUUAUAAUAUCAUUCAUACUGAGUUGAGUUGAACAUCAAAAGACAGUGGUUUUCUUGUAGUCACUCUGUAGUGCAGGGCCCACUAGAUUUCCUCACAUUUUUGUAAGAAUUCUUUUUUAAGACCUUACAAAGAUAAAAUGUGGAGGGCAAACUCGCUAUCAAAUAAAGCCACUAUACAUCUCAAAGAAGUUUGAUAAUAAUAAAUGCAUACACCCCAGCUAGGGGGAGGGACACCCCUGCAAAAAGAAAGGGUGUGGCUCAAGAAGCUUUGUUUGACCUCUCAGACCCGUAGAAGGUACAUAAUGUGCUAAUUUUAACUGUUGUGAAGACACAGUCAUCAAGUGUUUUUUCCUUUUGUUUUGUCACUCAUGACUCUAAAAUCUGUUUUUUCAUGGAUACCCUAAGUGAUACCAAAAUGAGCUUUUUAGACCCCUAAAUGAGAUGAGAGCUUCCCCAAUCAUUUCAAAUAGGAGUUUGCCCACCAGAAACAAAACAGACACUUGUCUAUCAACAGCCGAUAGGCUACCGACACUCAAUCAGUGCAUGGGUAAAUGGAUAUUUUAGUUAUCUACCCAUAUCAAAAUACUACACACCUACAAAUAAUUUAAAUGCAGCUGUUUGAGAUCCUGACAUGAUUUAUAUAGCCUGUGUCAGGUUCUCAGAUAGUAUAGAAGGGACAUAAAUAAAACAGGCAAAGCGAAAAAAAGUCCACUGCCCUGUCUCUCCCCAACCCCUUUGCAUUUUUCACAUCACUUUUUACUGAACAACUGCACAACUAUCUUGGAGCCAACAGGCUAGACAUACAGUACUAUGCCAUAAACCAGCGUUUCAAGCUCUAAAAUGCUCUAUUUAAAUAAUAUAGCUGUUAAAAGCUACUGGCAGUAAGGCUUACAUAUUUUCAAGUGUUCAAGAGAGCUGAGGGGCUUUUUGAAUACAGUUAGAGUGGAAGGUGUUGGGGAGCUCUUUUUCUCCAGAGGAAACACAAAAUGUCACUUAGAGAAAACAGUAACAAAACUCCCUUUAUAUAAAAGAAUCUCAAUUUGUAUUCCUGGCUAUAUAACUCUAUGUAUCACACUUUAAAUUUUUACUUAAAAUCUAUUAAUAAUUUCUUAAAUUAAUAAUAUAUUGUGCUUUUAUAGGAAGAUAAACCAGUUAAAACAUAGGUUUAAGAAAUCCUGUCAGCAACAAUUCUCAAGCAGUGCACAUCAUUUUUUACAUGCACAUCACCAUGCUGAAAAUGUGGAGAAAGAACCAUUUGAAAAAUUAUCUGUACUGAAACAACACCAUAGCACUUUAAAAACUACUGCCUGUAACAAGAGCUGGACACAGUCAUGGAAGGAUCGUCUGCAUUUUACUAGCCUACCAGUGUAUGAAUUUGGAAAUUGGAUUCCUUAUGCAUCAAUGCACUGGCCUUGUUUUGGUUCGGGUUGUGCUCUUGCUCAAGUUAUAUUCAAGUCAAGGGAAGGUAUCAAAGUUAUAUUUUUCUCAAUUAUUGUGUUUGUUUAGGAAUACUGUGGUCUCUCAAUUGCACUGUAAAAUGUACCUAGUGUUUUAUUUUGAACUUGGUUUUAGGAGCUUGGCAUUUGUGUUGGACACCCCAGUUUAUUCUGAUAGAGACUGCUUUUAUUUUUUAUAAGUUUGAAAUAAAGAGGAUGUUUAUUGACAGCCCUGUCAGUAAUUUGCCCUUUUACUGCAUGUACCUAAUGAUAAUGGAAAAAUUCUUGUCAGUGAUGUAAUAAUAUAUGUGCUCUGAAUCCAAAAAACUUUACACUUUUGGAAAUAUGGGUAAAUUCCCAUCCAAAGCAGAAAGAAAUCAAAAAACUAUUUUAUCUUGGAGACUCGGUGACCCCUACAAGAGAGUGGGAGAUUAGUGCUGUAUCCUGGAGAUUCCCGCAUAUCCUGGGAGCUGAGUGGCAUAUAUGGUUUAUUAUAGAUGUACCACAAAUGAUAUGUCUGAGGGGUUUAUUUAUGGCCACCUGUUAUACACUUUCGCCCAGCUUAAUUGGUAGUUAAUUAUUGAGUAUUACCUUUUUUUUCAAAAAAUAUUUUAUCUGAUAUCUUAUGUCUCAUUUCACCCUUCAGUCUGACCUGAGCUGGUCAUUUUGUUUCCUUUAAGGAUUUUAAUCAGUUGCUGCUCACUUACUUCACUAGCUCUACUUUAGCGGCAUCUGCUUGUAGCGUUCCGGCUGUCACAGGGAGGUGAAGUUAUCAAUCAGCCAUCUCCUUCAUCCGUUACCUUGAGCUUUGAAGUCCAUUCCCUCUCAAUGCUUUACCAGAGCCCAUUAUUAGCCAAAUGUUUGGGGCUGACCCUGCCAGGUUUUGGUUGUUUGCAAUCCCAGCAUCAUCAGAGCUCAAUAAACUCUUGAAUUCCAGCUUAUCCUUUGGGCAAGCAGCUCUCACAUUUUGCUUGCACAGGGCCAUUUCUUGCCCAUCUUAGUUAAUGAUUUUGUUGGAGGAUGAGUUGUUUCAACCCUUGUCCAUUGGACAUGUCAGCUUUCAAAGUUACUUGCCCAGCAAGAAAAUCCACUUGUCCCAUCAGGCCAGUCUACCCAACAGACUUUUUUCGAGCUCUUAGCCUGGAUAAGGGGUUGAACUUGGGAGGCUGCUGCCGCAACAUUAUUAUAAACGCAUCUUUCAUUCCUGGUGCAUAAACAACCAACUCCUGCUUGCAAUUACCAUUACUUACAUGUACAUAAAGCUUUUCAAAGUGUGGAUAUACUGUGUUUAAUGUAAAUAUGCGCCUAUGUAUUGUCCCGUUCAAUGUAUCUUCUCUUUGUACCUACAUAGUUCAGAUAAAAAUCCUUUGUUGUUUUCUGCAUAGGUGAGGUGGUAUUGGUGGCAAAAAGACUAGAUGCAAGAUAUGACUGGCUGCCAUCGCCACACAAUUUAAUUCACAGACAUUCCCACUUCAUCGUUAGUUACUAUGGAAAUGCUUGCAACCUUAAGCCUGAGUGGAGAGUAGCUAAAAAACAUCUUGAUAAUGACAAGAAACAGAAGAAGAAAACAAGUGAAGGAAGAAUUGCACUUGUGUCUCCUGGUGAUUGCUCUUUAUUUACCAAGGUGAUUACCUUCCCAGCCUGCUAGGGAGGGGGCUUCUUCCAUAUAUUGGCUUUUAAUAUCCCAGCAACAUAUUAACCCUUUGUUUUGGACUGUGCCAGAGACCUCUGUUAUAUUUUCUGGAAAAUUAUAGCAACUCUAGGUUUUGGGUAAGGAUUUAGGGAGUUUAUCAAGUUUAUGUACUGGGUUAGCAAAAUUCUGCUGAACUAGGUUCUUAGCAUGCUCCAGGCUCAUUUUGUACGUGUCAGUACACACGAGGGAGCGUUUUCAAGUUCGCUCAAUUUACCCCGGGAGCUUGCUCCCAAAUAUUUAACCUGUUAAAUAUUGUGGAGCAUUUUGUGGGGUGGAAAUUCUGCUCCCCAAGAUGAAGUAUACCCUUGAAAUCGUUGGCACACACGGAGGGGCUUUGCUCCCGGUGCGUGCCCCUGGAGCAUGCUCCGGGAGCAAAAUCCCUCGUGUAUAUCGGUCUUAAGGGAUCCAGGGUUCCAGUGGCACAUCUCCAAAUUCUGAGGUUGGGUUAUGCUGAUGACAAAUUCUAGGCUUGCUAUCGAUUAGUAACAAAUUUACUGACUUUUUAUCUCAUUAGAUUCACCACAUGAGCCAGGCUGGAGUUCAUUCAAUUCUCCUGUACCCUGAAGCUAAUGAACCAAUCAAGGAACUGACCUGUAACAGUCCACAGUGCUUCAUUCCACUUCAUAUAUCAGCUUCAAUGAUUUCACACAAAGAUGGCUGUCAUAUAAGAAAGCUUUUGGAUGCUAAGAUGAAACUCUUUGUUUCCUACCAAUUUACUCCCCAAGAGAAUUUUUUCCUGGCUAUCGAUGGCCAGGGAAAACUUUCGGAAGUGGGCUUGUUUCUAUUUCCAUCUUUGAAGUUUUUGGCUUAUGAGGCAAAAUGGUGAGUAUUGGUACUGUAGGAAUAACGUAAGAUAGGAUUAUUGAACACAACUCUUGCCAGGCUUUCAGAUAGUAGGAACAUCACAAAAACAUGCUAAGUGAAAAUAAGCAGUUUCGUAUGUGCAGCAUAGUGCACCUCUGCACUGCACAACAGGCAGUUGUAUGUUGAAUACAGUCAAAGCUCCCAUAGUGAAACCUUGACAAACCUGCCUACUGAACAAUUUUUCUUUGUCAUUUUACUUUGUCAGCUUGACUGGGCACAGACGACCCAAGUGGAAGUGGGCAGGGAUGGGGCACCUAACUUCCAUACAAGUUACCCUCCCCUCCCUACCCAUGCCCACAAGCCAUGACAUGCCUAAAGACACUAAUACCGGGGGUGGUCUCUCCAUGAGUUUGUUUUGCCCCUAGGAAUCCAGGAUGGAGUUGAACUCGGGCCAGCCACUCAGUAGCCUUGACCACAGACAUAAAAUUUGUCCGUGAAACAGCGCCGAAAUCCUUGUUCUGGGCCUCCACCUGUGUACCAGGCCCCAGUUGUUCAAAAGGCGGGUAGCACUAUCCAGUGGAUCAAUCUCUAUCCAUAGGAUAACACAAUUAGUUUCCCAAAUACUUAUCCGCUGGUUAGGGAUUUAUCCGGUGGAUAGCACUAUCCUUCAUUUGACUAACUGGGGCCAGGAUUUGAAUACGCGCACAAUUAGCCAGUUGAAAAAGCUAUUGUCAAUUUGCUGAUCAGAUUGAAGGGUAAAAAAUUUGAAACAGAUUUCUGGUUAUUCACUGAAUCCAUUGGAGGUUCAGAACAAGGAUCAGUGCUGCUUUACAGACAUCAUUAACCAAGAUUAGAUUACAUCGUGAUGCAGGUUAGCCACUCUAAAACAAUGGCGGAUCCAGGGGAGGGGCUGUUCCCUCCCCCGCUUUAUUUUUAAACCAAACUGAAGCCUAGAGGGCCCCAAAAAAAUUUUUUGGGAUGACCCCUCCUCCUCCCCCGCCCCCAUCUCAAAGUCUGGAUCCAGCACUGCAAAAACUGAUUCAACCAGUUGAGGAGAACCAGCCUUUUCAUACUCUUCUUGCUUAUUUUGUAAGGUUCAAUUACAAAACUGAUCUCAUUCACAACCUAACUGGCAGUGCAAGAAUUAUCCCUGUGUUUAACUACUCUCAUAUGGAAG